UGUGGAAGCAGACUAGCUUGUAUACAUUAGCCGGUAGUUUAUAGUUUCAUGUUUAUUGACAAGCAUACAUAUAUAGUAAAGCGUAGUAGAAGAUACUACCAUGUUGAAUACUUUCUUCUGGUGAAUUCGGCACACAGAAAGCCCGACAAAGACGACUCUAAUGUCGUAAAAUGCCGUUUAUCGGUAGAGUGCUCCUCUUUCUGCCGUCCACCGUCGCUUGGUGUGGUGGAAGCAGACAGCAGGGACUAACAGGCGACUCAAUGAUUAAAGUUGAAUGUGUCAUCCAAUUUAUGUCCUCUUCGUGCGUUUAAGGUAUGCCGAACUGAAAAGUACCUCCUAAUUAUUUUCAUGAGUCCGUUCAUUAGGUUGUACCCGGCAUGUUUUCGUCGUUGCUAUCAAAGAAACUUUAAAGUGUCGGAAUUUUGAAUGGGGUUCGUUCUGCGUAGUAGACAAUGGGCCAAUGAAUGAAUGGUUGAAGUCAAAGACAUGCGCUAACUGAGAGAGAUUGAUGCUAGCCAGUCUGGAAGGAUGAACAUCACCCAUGAUUGAGGGAUACCUGCAUACCUGCGGAUGGGGAUUUUAUUGAUACAACUAUUUUCAUCAAUACUGCUCAUUGGUUCAGUUCUGACAUCUGUGCAAGAAAAGGUAAAAUUAAGGUUGGAUCUCAGCAAGUGAGAUAAAGAGAGAGAAGAACCGGAGGAGCUGAAGCUGAAGGAGAGUACAGACAGACAGCCGAAGCGACAGUGUUGCUGUGCAAGGGAAAUAAGAGAUACACAGCAGACAGGGCAAGAGAAACCCAAUCCCCCCAGCUGAACGGCUCCUCCCUGCUGAGCAGACAAACACAUGUCACAUAAAGACGAAGCUGGUCCGGGUCAGAAAUGCGCUUCUUCCUGUUCUCAGAUGUGACCCCGUGGCUUAGGAAGCUCUUUGCAGCUGUACCACUUUCCCAACUGUGACAGCAGCUCUGAAUGGCAGGAUGUCCUGCUCUGAGUCCCCCUGCGAGGCUGUGUCAGAGGCCAGGCACCGUGGCAAGGUUCACUGGCCACCGGAAGGAUCCCGAGUGCCAUGAAACAAGUAACAGCGGCAUGUUCAAAAAUUCAGCCUCCUGUCAAUGCCAGCAUGUCUCUGGAAGCCCGUCAGUCAAACUUUGGCUGCAAACCCUGGCAAAAAUUCAGGUGUGUCCAAAGGGACUUUUCCUCAGUGCCCAAAACAUAUGCUUACCAUGUAACUGCAAAGGCCACGCAGACUACUGUCAAGACAUCACUGGUAUUUGUAUAAAAUGCAAGGACCACAGUACAGGUGAUUUCUGUGAAAUGUGUAAAGAUGGCUACAUGCUAGCUCCUAGCCUAGAUGGACGCCACAUCUGCCGACCCUGCGCCUGCCCCCUCUCGAUCUCCUCCAAUAACUUUGCAGUGCGCUGUGACAGAGGAAGUGCCACUCUGCGCUGCAAGUGCCAAGAGGGCUACGCUGGACAUAUCUGUGAGAGGUGUGCUCCAGGUUAUUAUGGCAACCCGAUGGCGAUUGGUAAUUCCUGUAAGAGAUGCGACUGUAAUGGCAACUCUGACCCCAACCUGAUCUUCAACGAGUGCCACAAUGUGACGGGCCACUGCCAGCACUGCUGGGGAAACACUGCCGGAGCCAACUGUGAGAGGUGUGCCCCAGGUUUCUACGGCGACGCCGUCAGUGCCAAGAAUUGCAGAGUGUGCGAGUGCAAUGAAUGUGGCACCUCCUCAUGCGACGACAGGACUGGAGUGUGUCACUGCAAGCCAGGAGUCACUGGACGACUCUGUGACCAGUGCGAGGAGGGUUACUCUGGUUUCUCCAGCUGUCAGGGCUGUCGGAGGUGUGAAUGCGGGCCAGCUUCUAUUCGUUCCACCUGCCAUCCUCUUACCCACAGCUGCCCAUGCCGCCCAGGGGCCGGAGGUCGUUACUGCGAGCGCUGCCUCCCAGGCUACUGGGACUACAGCCCUUCCGGCUGCCAGAAGUGUGACUGUGAGAGCGGCCAUUGUGACAUGCAUACAGGAGAGUGUCGGUCAGAGGCUGCAACAUUCAACCUGUGCAACAGUUGUGAUGAAUGCACUUGGCAUCUAAUUGGAGACCUGCGGCUGUCCAAUAAGACACUGGACCAGCUGAGAGUUGGAGUGUUGAACAUUUCAACCGGGGCUGCUGCUAAUGACAGGCUCAAAUACUACAAUUACACUGCUCAUCGUCUGCAGAUUCAGUUUCAAGGCUGGAGAAACAAGUCAUCUGUGAUGAAGGCCCAGGCUGGGGAGCUGGAGGACAACAUAGAAGAUGUGGUGCUAGACAUCAAACAUCUGGGAGAAUCGGAAAACGUGGUAAAGACUCAGGGGAACAGGCUGGAUGAGAACACACUGCAGACUGUCACCCUAGCUGAGCAGCUCAACACAAACCUCACUGAUCUCAACAUGCGCAUUGAAGAGAUGAUCCAUGACUGGGAGCUGUACAGUGUUCACCAGGAUGUGGAUCCAGAGGUGGCCAGACAGAACACUGAGGUGGCCCAGGGAAUGGUGACCUGGAUGAGGAAACUGGACCUGUCCCCACGAGAGCCCAUUGCUACUGACGAGUCGACUGAAGCCCAUGACUUGCUGAGGCGCAUCCGUCAGUUGGAGAAGAAGUUGAUGAUCACAGAUGGCCGUCUACCGCCUAUCAAGGAGGUCAUGUCCCGCUUCACCACCAAGCUGGCGGACGCUCAGGGCUUCCUCCAGAAAGCAGCCAGGACCGUCCAGGAGACGGAGGACAGGAACCAAGCCAGUGUCCUCAAAUUCCAGAGGAAUGAGGCAAAGCAGCAGAGGCUGAUGGAAGACUACGCUGCUGUCAACGAUACUCUGGAAAUAGCCAGUGAAUUAAACUCUGAAACAGAGAGGACCGUGGCUGAGGUGGAUGCUAUGGUGCAGAAUGUGACCGAGUACCACGCAGCGAUCGAUGGCGCCAGCCAAAAGCUGACGGAGAAGACGGAGCGUCUCUCAUUGGCUGACACAGACCUGAUUAACAGGGCUGACGAGCAUGCUCGGGAGCUGGAGAGACAGGCCAACGAACUGGAGGAGGAUCUGAAAGAGAGCGAUGCCAAUGGCUUUGUGCAGAAGGCCAUAAGUGCCGCCAAUGUGUACAACAACAUAGUGAAGUACAUCGACGAUGCCAAUAUCACCUCACUCACCACCCUGAACUUAUCCCAAAGAGCUGAAGAUGCCAUUACUGGGAUCAAGUCGGAGCUUGAUCACCUGGUAAAUCAGAGCAGCAGUGUUUUCAAGGAGUCUGUUUCACUGCACUCAGAACAAAUUGAGGUAGAAGCUGAGGUUAUUGACAAGGUGAAAUACAUUGAGGAGACCAAGGAGACAAUGGAUAAAAACACCAAAAAACUUGCAGAAAUAUCAGAGGAUAUCAGUGGAAUUCAAAAAGACAGAACACCACAGCGAUUGGAGUUUACCCUGCAGGUAGCUGAGGGGACUCUUAACCGCUCAGCAGAAGUGCUUCAGACUAUCACCCCCAUCAGCAACAAGGUGGAGGAGUGGGCCAAGAAUAUGAGAAACAACGAAUACUCCACAGAUGCCUAUGAACAGGCCAUAGUAACUGCCGGAGAAGCAGUGGACAACCUAAAUGUACUCGUUCCUGAGCUGCUGGGCAAGUUGAAGGUCGUUGAAGAGAAGAAGCCUGUCAACAACGUUACCACCAACAUCAUGAGGAUCAGAGAGCUCAUAGCCCAGGCCAGGAGUGUGGCCAAGAAAGUCCAAGUGUCCAUGAAGUUCAACGGUCAGUCCUCAGUGGAGGUUCAUCCUCACACCAACCUGGAAGAACUGAAGACAAUGACAUCCAUCAGCUUGUUUAUGAGAGUGGACCCUGACACAGAUCCCAUCGAGGACCGCUUAAUCUUAUACCUGGGAGACAGAAAUGGUAGGAAAGACUACAUGGGACUGGCCAUCAAGAAUGACAACCUGGUAUACGUAUACAACCUCGGGGGCGAAGAUGUUGAGAUCCCACUGGGUUCAAAGCCUGUCAGCCAAUGGCCUGCAGUCUUCAACUACAUCAAAGUAGAGAGGCUUGGCAGACAUGGAAAAGUCUUCCUGACCAUCCCCAGCCAGAGCUCCACAGACGAGCAGAAGUUCAUCCAGAAAGGAGAGGCUCCGGGCACCGACUCACUAUUUGACAUCGACCCUAAGGAUAUAGUCUUCUUUGUCGGUGGUGUCCCACCAGAUGUCAAACUCCCACCUCCUCUGAGUCUUGCUCCUUUUGUGGGCUGCAUUGAGUUGGCCUCGCUGAACAACGAUGUGAUCAGUCUAUACAAUUUCAAAGAGACUCACAAAAUGGAUGUCGUUGCAUCAGUGCCAUGCCCCAGGUACAAGUUGGCGUUCUCCCAGAGUCGUAUUGCCAGCUACCUGUUCGAUGGAACGGGCUAUGCAGUCAUCAAUAAUAUUGAGCGGAGGGGGAAAUUUGGUGUUGUUACAAGAUUUGAUAUUUCAGUGCGAACAGUCGCAAACAAUGGUGUUCUUUUCCUCAUGGUCAGUGGGGAUAAAUUCUUCCUUUUAGAAUUAAAGAAUGGUUUCCUGCGCCUAAUGUAUGACUUUGGCUUCAAUAAUGGACCAAAUCUUUUGGAGAAUAACUCACCAAAGCUGCAAAUAAAUGAUGCAAAAUAUCAUGAGGUGUCAGUGAUUUACCAUCAGUCAAAGAAGGUUAUCCUACUGGUGGACAAGAGCCAUGUUAAAUCUAUGGAGAAUCAGAAAACCACACUGCCCUUCUCAGAUAUCUACAUAGGUGGGGCUCCAUCGCACAUUCUCAAAUCCAGGCCUGAGCUGUCUGCUGUGGUCGGCCUGAAAGGCUGUGUGAAAGGUUUCCAGUUCCAGAAAAAAGACUUCAACCUCCUGGAGGAGCCUGGCACCAUUGGCAUCAGCAGUGGCUGCCCUGAGGAGUCUUUCAUGUCCCGUAAAGCUUACUUCACUGGAGAGAGCUACCUGGGAUCCACAGCAAAGAUUUCAUUCCUCGACAACUUUGAAGGAGGCCUCAACUUUAGAACUCUGCAGCCCAGUGGACUCCUGCUCUACCACAGUGAAGGGUCUGAUGAGUUAAGCAUUUCCCUGGAGAAUGGAGCAGUGGUGCUAAACACCAGAGGAACAAGAGUCAAAUCACACAAGAAACAAUACAAUGACGGAAGGACACACUUCUUAGUGGCCUCAGUUAACAAUCUGAAGUAUUCACUGUUGGUGGAUGACAAAGACAAGCAGGAGAAGAAACGUCCAUCAUCAGCCUCACAGUCCUCUCCAGUUUCUGUAAAGAGCUUCUACUACGGAGGUUCUCCGAGCAGUAGCUUCAAGAACUUCACAGGCUGCAUCAGCUACGCCUAUAUCAACAGACAAGACAGGGACAUUGAGCCCGAGGACUUUCAGCGCUACCCAGAGAAGGUCCAGACCUCCUUGCAGGACUGUCCAGUCCAGCGACCCCCUGCUGCUCUGCUGUCAAGGCACAGGGAUAACGCUUCUAGAGCCAAACAGAGCCAAUCACAGAAGGUUAGCAGGGAUAAGUCCAGCCUCCCUCUAGGCCUGAUGGAGCUUAAAAGUGAUGACCAGGAGCCAUCAGAGCUGAACAUCGCGCCCUGCUACCUCUCCUUACGUCCCCGAGCAACCCGCCAAGCCUACCACUACGGCGGCAUCGCCAACAGCAGGCAGCACUACGCAGACCUCCCAGAGUCACUUUCUGAGAGGUCCCACUUCUCUCUGUCCCUGAAGACCCAGUCAUCCUUCGGCCUCAUCUUUUAUGUAUCUGAUGUCCAAGAGGACAAUUUCAUGGCUCUCUUCCUGGCUCAUGGGAAGCUUGUAUACACCUUCAACGUUGCAGAUCAAAGAGUCAAAAUUAAGAGUGAGGAGAAAUACAAUGAUGGUGCAUGGCAUAACGUUAUUUUUAUCCGUGAUGGGAACAUGGGGCGAUUAAUAAUUGAUGGGCUCACAGUGCUGGAAGACAGAGCUCAAGGGAGCAACGUCUCCUGGCAUGUCAGCAGUCCCCUCUAUGUCGGAGGAGUUCCUCCAUGGAGAGCCCAAAAGAAUAUUCAGAGAAACUCUGCAUACAGCUUUACCGGCUGUGUGAAGAACCUCCAGCUUGAUGGACAGUGGUUGUCCUCUGUGUCAGAGACGUUUGGGGUCACUCCAUGCUUUGAGGGACACUCUGAGGCGGGAACAUACUUCUCAGAGGACGGAGGAUACGUCGUGUUGGAUGAUACAUUUAGCUUGGGGCUCAGGUUUGAGCUGGUGAUGGAGGUGCGCCCCCGUGUGGCAUCUGGGGUGCUACUGCAUGUGCGCACAGCAGAGAGCUAUUUCACCAUGUACAUUCAUCAAGGGGCAGUGGUGGUUAUUGUGAACGAUGGGACACAUGAGUUCUUCACAAAGGUGUCUCCGAGACAGGGUCUGUGUGCUGGCAACUGGCACAGAAUCACAGUGAUCCGAGAUGCCAACGUUGUCCAGCUGGAUGUGGACUCUGAGGUCAACCAUGUGGUGGGACCUCUGAAUCCCAGCUCCACAGAUACCAAAGAGCCAGUGUUCAUCGGUGGAGCUCCAGAUCGUUUCCUCCCAGAGAGCAUCGCCACCAGGAAGGCCUAUGUGGGCUGUAUGAGGAACCUGACAAUCAAUAACAGCCGAGUGAGCUUCAGCAAAGCUGCUCUGGUCAGUGGAGCGGUCAGUGUCGGAACCUGUCCAGCUGCAUAACACUUCUGUCAACACCACCACUAUCCCCAAUACAGCACUGACCAAACACAUUAAAAAACUCUCUUUCAGUUAAACAUAACCAUUAAGAGAAGUAUUGUCAUUGUUUUCACUCUUUGGCAGGUGUUUGUUCUUGUUUUUGUCUUUAAUUUGUUGGCUGUUGUGUAUUGUUUUACAUGAAAAUGUCCCCUGCCAAGAAUACGACCAAAAUAUCUAAAUUUAAAAAUGGAAAAUAUAGCCUGAAAAGAAAAUCUUACAUCUAUCAUUUAUAAGAGAAUGAGAGCAGAUAUGAGGUCCAGAAGCAUCAUGAAUCAUGAAUACAUUUAGGCUUCAUUUAUUUUUACAGACACAUUUGGUGUUAAUAAAUUCUAUGUUCCACCUCCUCUCUUUAUAAUCUCAAUGGCACAUUUUUUUUGUACAUUUGUACAUUUAUACACAAAUACAUUUGUAUUUCAUGUUCUUCCUUUUGUACUUUUAUU